CUGGGGGUGAGCAGGAACUUCGCGCGGUCCAAUCUGCAGGUUUAAAGAACUUUUGAAUCACUUUUUUCCCCCUCGCAAGACUGGCUUGGAAAUCGAUGUGUGAAGAAAGUGACUGUGCUUGAAUAGGCUGGCUGACAGCGGUCAGAAGUGUUGGGGUAGAGACUUGAAACAAUGGGUGACUGGAGUUUUCUGGGAAGGCUUUUGGAGAAUGCACAGGAACACUCGACAGUGGUAGGCAAGGUCUGGUUGACUGUGCUCUUCAUCUUCCGGAUCCUAGUGCUGGGGGCUGCGGCUGAGGAGGUCUGGGGAGAUGAACAAUCCGAUUUCACCUGCAAUACCCAGCAGCCUGGUUGCGAGAACGUCUGCUAUGACAAGGCAUUUCCCAUCUCCCACAUCCGAUUCUGGGUCCUCCAGAUCAUCUUUGUGUCAACGCCCACCUUGAUAUACCUGGGCCACGUACUGCACAUUGUGCGGAUGGAAGAUAAAAGAAAAGAGAGGGAAGAAGAAAUUAGAAAAGCCCAGAAUCAAGCAGACAAAGAACUGCUGCUUAAAAACGGCAAAAAGGGGAAGCUUCCUUUUAGGGAUGACCAUGGUAAAAUCCGAAUUCAAGGGGCCCUGCUACGCACCUACGUUUUCAAUAUUAUUUUCAAAGCGAUGUUUGAAAUUGGAUUUAUUGUAGGUCAGUAUAUCUUGUAUGGCUUUGAGCUUAGACCUCUGUAUAGGUGCGAUAGAUGGCCAUGUCCCAACACCGUGGACUGCUUCAUAUCACGGCCAACAGAGAAGACUAUAUUUAUCCUAUUCAUGCUUGUGGUGGCUUGCGUGUCCCUUUUCUUGAACCUAAUGGAAAUUUAUCACCUCGGCUGGAAGAAGCUGCGUCAGGGAGUGACCAACCGACAGCCCCCGGAUCUCGAGCAGAAGCCGGAGCCCCUGACGCCAGUCACAAGGACUGUCCCGAGCACCUUCAGUUACCCCUAUUUUCCAGACACAGCCGAGGGUCCCCACCCCUACCCUGGGGCUCCGCCUACUGAGUUCAAAAUGGCGCCACUACCCGAGGACAGGUCGCCCUAUGUGGUGUACAACAACAAACUGGCGACCGAGCAGAACUGGGCCAACAUGGCCGCCGAACAGACGCGCCAACUCAGCCCCAGCGCUAGCAACGGCAAGCAGGAGCACGCGCUCCCGGCGCCGGCCAAUCAGGAGAGUGCGCCUGCGGGCGGGGCGGUGCGCGGCAAUGGUCACCUGACCACAACGGUAGAGAUGCAUGAGCCUCCCGCUACAGACACGCGACCCCUGAGCAGGGCCAGCAGAGCGAGCAGCGGCAGGGCUAGGUCGGACGAUCUAGCGGUUUAGCGGCCGCUUCAUAUACUCCCUCCCCCUCCCCUUCAUCCUCUCUUAAAUCAGUACAAGGUUUUAAUAUCAAGUCGGGUGGGUGGGAGAAGCAUACAUGCUGAGAAGCAUGUCAUUGCAAUGCGCUCUGGGAGUUGUAAUCUUAGUGGCUUUCACAGAGAUGAUUUUGUUAAAGUGGAGUUACACACCUGUUAGCCUUAACAUUCAUACACGCUCCUAUUUUAUCAUUUUUAGUAAAUGAAAACCUACAGAAAACUUAAUUGGGUAGACAGUCAAAAAAUGGCAAAAUGAAAAUGCCCUAGAUUUCGCAUCAUGUUCGAGUGAAGUCUGAUUCAGGUAGUUAUAUUUUUUGAUUCAUGAUCAUUAAUUGCACCUCUAAGAGCUCAUUUUACCGAACCCACUAUUACAUGUUGACUUAAGAACUGUACUUUUUAAUAUGUUAAUCACUAUUCCAUGCAAGGUAAGAUGUCUACAGUAAGCUCGAGAAACACAACUCCUUAAAUGUCUUAUUCAAGUUAGAAAUAUGCAUUCUGUGAUUGUAACCUGUUCUCUUUGAACUAAUACAGUAGGUAAAGUCUCUAAAACUGAACGUCAAAUUGCAGAAUGCUUCAUUACAUGACACAUACUCAAAUUAGACCUACUACAGGGUUGCAAUAUUCAGCUUCUUGGUUUUCAUCCAUCUCCAAUGUUCCACGUGCCCCAACAAAUGUCGUAAAACUUUAAAUUGUACUGCUUAUAGUGAUAAAAGAAAAUAGAAGGAAUGAAUACAUGUUUAUAGACUGAGAUACAUGGAAAGAACAUGAAUUUAAAUGUCUUCUAAAAUUAUCAAAGCAGGGCAACAAAUUCAAACCACUCAUAGAUUAAAGGGGUAUGCACUGCAGUUUAUUUGUGUGUGAGGGCGUGUUUGUGUGUAUUAGAUACAAUACUAUUCUGACAAAUUUAGGACUCUAUCAUGUUUGAUAUGACUGCAUUAGAGCAGAAGAUGGGUUAGAAAGACCAAGAAGUAAGAUAAAAGCAUGGUUUGCAGUAAAACCGUUUAUAGAAGAGUAAUGUUUUUACUUUUUUAAAAGAGGUUUUUGGGUCAAGUUUACCUUCAAAACAUGGUAAGCACACCUUCAAUAAAAUUGAAAUGGUCCCAGGUGUUUCUUCAAGAAUGUGGCAUUUUUACAUACCCUACUUCUUCAACACUGCGUUAAAUUUGGAACUACCAACCAAUACUUCUGUAACUAUUGCUACAAACCUUACAUGCAGAGAUGAAAAAUACUAAUAUUCCAGGGUUAGGGCAUGAUGCUGUAGUCUCAUAAUCAUUGUUGGGGGGAGAAUAUAGGGAGAGUGAAUUGCAUUUUGUUGCUUUGGGCACUUAGUUUUGUGGUGUUUUCCAAGAUUUGGAGUCUUGGCUAAUAUCAGGAAAACAAGGUGUUAAAGCGCCUCUUGACAGUUUUGGUAGAAUCUUGCAAAGGAUCACUAUGCAAAGCAAAGCUGCACCGGCCCUCCAUAUAACAUCAUUCCAGGACUUGAGCAUUUGAGGAAAAGAUUAAUUUUUUAGGAAUUAAAUACGUACAGAGACUAUGGUAAGUAUUAGAGGUAUUCUAGGUUUCAUCUCUGCUUCAAAGUCACAUUGGCCUUUAGAAGCACAUUUUACCAUCAGAAACUUUAUUUUUUUUCAAAGGAGGAAUGCUUAUUUACUUCAAUUGCACAGUUUGUCAAGAGCUGUUCUCAAAGUGUAGUUACUUUUCUGAGGUUCCCUAACACAAAAAAAUUCUUAGAACAGAUUUAUUUGUAGCCCUGUGUUUAGUUAUACUGAAAAGAUAAUGCACCGAAACAAACAAAUCUGCUCCGAUCAAUGAGAUGAUUUUAUUACAUGAUUUUUUUAAACAACUGGCUCAUGCUUGGAUGAAUCUAUUAGAUAAUUGGCCAAAUAAAUACAAGCAAAAAUUACACAUUCCUUGGGCUUCCUUUAAUGUCUUCCAAGGAUUGAUUUAAUUUUCUAGCUUGGCAUAACUUUAUUUAUUGAAACCCUUAACAUUAUUGGUAACUAAACAAAUCAAGGAAUCAGUUUGUAGGUGUAAUAUUUUUAAUGCGUUGUUCUUUAUUUGCACCUAUUUUCUUGUACAAUGUGUGCUAUCUUUGUAACUUUGUUAUGGUUCCUGAAAGUUUACAUUAUUGAAAAUUGCACAUUUGAGCAAAGAAAAGAAAACACAGAUACCAAAGUUUACAUCGUUGGAUACCAAAUUUUAAGAAAAUGGCCCUACCACUAUGCAUCAAACCCAAAAUUAAAUGUCUUAAUAUAAAAUUUGGGCUCUUCACAGAAAAGGCAGUACAGUAGUGCUGUUCAAUUAAAUUGAUUUCCAGUAUACAAAUGAAAGCUAUUUAGAUUGUUACUGUAUUACACUUGGUUUUUGCUGAGUAUGAGAAAUGCACAGCUUCAGCCACAGAGUAAUUUACCUUGUAAUAGAUAAUCACAUGGCACUGGGGCUAUAGUAACCAGGCAUAUUUGGUAAUUAAUCAAUACACGUUUACUAGACCAAAAGACUAUAUGAGGUGAGAAAAUAUUUUGUACAUUAAAUUUGAAUUAAAACGAUUAGAUUCCUUAAUUCAAUAUCUGUUGCUUUCUACCAUGCUUUUCAUUAACAGCUGAAGACUUGCUCAGAGGCUUUAAAGCCUACUUGUUGCCCAUGAAAACAUUCUGUUAUUUACCUAAUAUAACCUCUCACCCAGUGGUAAAGUACUUUGUGGGCAGUCAGGGACAUUUAAUAAUUUGGAGCAAAAGCAACAAAACUGUUUUAAGUACUGUCUUUAAAGAAGUGCCUUAUGUAUUCUGUAAGAGCAAAUUGAUGUAAAUGUUAAUUUACCUCAAAUGUUUACAAAAGUGUUGCCUAAUAAACUUUUUUGUACCAUC